AUGGGCAGACUGAUACGAAGAGUGGCCCGAGGCAAGCUCCUGGACCCAAUACCCCAGGAUGACUACAAGCAGCUGCAAACGUUAGUCUCCUCCAGACCCGACAAUGCGUACUUCAUUCGAGACAUGUGCACUCGAGGGGUGGUUUUGACCUUUACCACCGCCAAUUACGCCAGAUGCUUCAUCAUCCUUCACAUGCUCUUCAAUGACGGACCCAUCAACUUCAUCAAGCAGGUGGACAUUCAGAGAAAGACUGGAAUGCUCGAUCAUACGCCCCUGGAUCCCAAGAAUGAAGACAAACCGCUAGCAAUCUCCGAUAAAACCACAGCCCAGCUGUUUGUGCCGUACUUUGCAUACCUUCGAAUGCGUCUGAGUCUCCAGGAGAGGUUUGGAACCGAUUUUCUGAGGCAAAAACUCGACAAUAAGAGCAUCACGCUCGAUACUCUCAUGAAUAAAAAGUCACCAGACGCCCUGCCGCCUAAAUACGUUGAGAUGUUGUCCACUUUACUGGACAUGACCAACACGAUUCUCAAGAUCGCACCCUGUCCACAAGUGCUGUAUCCCGUCUUGUCACGUGACUUGUCUGUCCUCUUUUCGCUCCUCAGCGAUGGACUUGCCACCAUUUUGUCUGUCUUCACGUCGCUAUCCCUCCCAGAAGCUGCUCAUGGGCUUCUGAUAUACAAAAACUUUGUGGCUCUCAAUGUCACCUCUCAAACCUCGCGGUACCUCAAUAUGAGCGUUCCCCAGAUUGACGAGACGCUGACAAAGACAAUUGAGUCGUGGUUGAGGUCUGAGCAGCUCUCUAGAGCCGUACCCCUCCCCAAUUCCCCUCCAGAGUCUCUUGCAGAGUCCGUGAACGGAUCUCCCAAGUCCGCUAAAUCGACCCAGAUCAUCUCCAACAUCUCCCACCGACAGUUUCAGCGCAAUCCAGCUUCUGUAGGUCUCCAGGAACCAUCAAGUGUGUCUCUAUCACCACCCAAGUCGGUGUAUUCGGCGAGAUCCAGCUCCCUGCUUUCUCAUAGAAAGAAUAUCUCGUUUGAUUUCUCGGAAACAGUGGCCCAAAACGUGUCCAGAUUCAUAGAGCAGUCCGACAGUGAUGAGGAAGAAGCGCAGGCCUUCCCGAUAUUCAACGCCAAGCUGUCUGACCGAACUAUUACUGGGUACCUGACCCAGGAGUCUGACGAUACCAAUAGCAACGGAACAGACCAAGAUUCGAGCUCCGCAAGUUCUGCUACAACCACAACCGGAAGUCCAACGUUCGUCAUCACUUCAACACCUCCAAAGUCGCCCAGAGACUCCGACGAAUUGCUGGAGUGUUUUAAUGACCCUGAAUGCGAACCAUCCCCCAAGGUGUCGCUUCGCAAAAUGAGACCUCCCCAACUCAAUCUGACGAGAGAUGUAGACUACGACGAUAAUGUGGGCAUUGCCUUUUUAAAGUCUGCUUCCUCAGACUCUUCAGACUGGUCUGAGAUUUUCUCCCCGCUCGAAAAUGAUUCAAAGGUAUGUCUCUCCUUCACUCCCUCUACCGUUCCUUCUUCUCCACAUGCUUCCACUUCCUCCAUGGGCCUGGCCGUCGGAUACUCCGAUACAGGCACUUCUGCGGGAAGUACGUACUCACAGAGACGGUGGAAGCGGUUCUUUAGUCGCAACUAA